CGGGGGGGGGGGGGCGCCGGGCGCGCCUCCGCCCGCCUGGAGCCGGCGGCAGCGGGCGGGCAGCGGCGGCUCCGCUCAACUUCGGCGUUGGGGCGGCGCUGCCCCGGCCGCUCGCCUCAGCGCCGGCGGGACGGCAGCGGGUGACCGCGACACACAGAGCAUUAUGUCACUGGCUUCUUGGUUCAGGUGGAAUGAGCCCCCAAACCGCAUUUCCCAGAGGAACCCCACAGAAAUGGUGGUUGAGACGUUAAUGAUGGAGCUGAGCUGGCAGAUCAAGCAGGCAGAGAAGCAGCAGCGAGAGCGGGACAAUGAGUAUCGCAAGAUCAAGACUGGGGUGGACUACGGCUGGCUGGUCAGCUAUCCAAAGCAGAGCUAUGAUAUCAGCCCAGGAGAACGGCUGCAGCUGGAGGACAUGUGUACCAAAAUACAUCCUUCCUACUGUGGGCCUGCCAUACUCAGAUUCCGGCAACGUGUUGCUGAAUAUGAACCAGAAGUGCAGGAAGUAUCCCGGCUCUUCCGCUCUGUUCUGCAGGAAGUUGCUGAGAAGAUCAAAGAGGAGGAAGAGGCCAAGAAGCUUGCCAGGCAAUGGAACACAAAGAACAAAACCAGCCUCUCCUUAACAACAUUUAAGUCUCGGUCCAAGAUUUCACCAUUCAUCAGUGACAUCAAGACCAUCUCUGAGGAUGUGGAACGGGGCACCCAGCCCACCAGGAGGGUUUGGAGCAUGCCAGAAUUCCGGAAUGCCAAGGAUUACUGACUUUAUACUGAAUAAGGUUUUUAGACAGUGAUCUUUCAAAAGCCCAGUUAACCCUUUUUUAGCUCUACUAUUUCUUCUUUGUUCCAGCUCUCUCUUCCUGCCUGUCUCUGUUGGAAGCUGUGUCUGUAGUAACUGCUGUUGAUGCCCGCAGUCUGUGACACAGUUCAUUAACAAACAGGCUAGCCUUUCCUUUAAUUUAGUAGCUAUUCAGUAACCUUAAGGGCAAGGCUCACUUACUAUCUCAUUUUUAUUACUGCUUUCUAGUGAAAAAUGAAUUAGGUUUGUGAUGUCUGUCUUCUCCCUUUGCCCCUCAGCCUGGAUGUAGUUAUCUAUAAAAGCUUUUGGCCCAAACUAGUGAGAGCUGCUGGCUGGACCAAUCUUGCUGAAAGCAAGACAGCCACUUAGGUGAGUAAGGCUUGCAGGAUCAGGCCUGUGAGUUAAAGCCAGUAUCUGAUUUGGAAUGAAACUCCCUUUUCCAACUACUAAUCUUCCUCAGUGCUACAGGAAACUUCACAGGUAACUUCAGCAUUGCUCUUGAUCAGCUUUUUGCUGACAAUUCACAAUCCAACCUGAGUAGAAAGAGACCCAAGCUUUUUGAGAUGAAAGACCAAUAUUAUUCCACAGCAACCAGUUUAUGCAUGCUCAGGUUUCCUGGGUAUUUUCUCGUUUGUGCAGGUAGAACCCCCUCUGAAUCUUGUACCUGCAGAGUAGAUAGAAAUGUAACAACCUGCUGUGUAGAUAUACACGCGGAUACAUCAGUGCUGUGUCAAAUGCUGUUCUUGGUCCUCAGUGUUCUGUGUUGCUGAGGUAAGUGCUCCACUCCACAUCCUGGUAAGAAGGCAGUGGGCUGAAAUUAAUGUUUAUGGCUAAGCCUGAAAGAGUGCUAAAGUAUAGUAUCAACAUACAGAGAAGGGUGAAGGGAAUCAGCAUUCAUCUACUGGGCUCUUUGUGCAGUUGCAAUAGUGGAGGUUGUUUUAACAAGCUGCUGCUGUGAGUAACUGAAAGACUCUGGUAGGUGAAGGUUUGUUUUCUCCAUCUUCUCUCAUGAGUGCUCAGAAGAGAGUUUCCCAGUAUCACAGGCUGCUGGCCAGUGAGUUGAUACUAUUACAAAAGAAUCCUCAGUGCACACCAAGUAGUCUGUAGGCUUGCACGGUUCUGCUGACACCUUUAAGAAACAGGUAAAUGCCACUAAGGAAAAGCUAGUAGGGCCCUAACUUAGCAUCUGUAGGGUAAGCUGUCAGCAGCAAGGGAAAGAGAAUGGCACACUGUGAAAGUCAUGGGUCCCACAGAGAAGCCCAGGGCUAGGAUGCUUUGUGGUGACCAACAGGAGAUGGGGAAGGAAGAGAGGAAUUUUCCCGUAUGACUGGCUUUUGGGGAAUCAUCCCAGUGGGGUAUAGGCUCCUGGAAGGCCCUGUAGCUUUGUUGUUCUUUUGUCCGUUUCCGACUCUUUUCCCUGGGGAUCUUUGCAGCAGCAUGUGGGUACUACAGCCAAGAUAAAACCCUUUGAAGCUGUGCCAACUCUGGGAGGAAUUCCAGUACAUGAAAUCUAUCCUAGAGUCGAAAUGUGCAGUUUCUUCCAGAGAUGGGGGAGGGCAGCAUGAAACAAAGAUCAAGAUCAAACCCUUAAGAGAUCUCUAAGACUGUGGGAUUCUGGCUCUUCCUCUCUUUCCUCUGGGCUAUCUAAGAUUGAAAAGAAGGCUUUCUUACUAGCACCAGGCUCUAAUUUCUAGUCCCUUGGUAAACACUGCUGCCAGCAACCCACCUAGGGACAGAAAGCAGAAGCUCACUUUUAAUCAAAAACCCAGGGCUUCCAAAUACAGCAUCCAGUUUGGGACAGGCUAUUUCAGCUCUAGGUCAAUGAGGGAGAGGUUAAAGCCUUCUGACAAUCAGCUUGGUGUUUUUCAGCUGUAUGUCCUUGUGAAGUUAUGUGGUUGUGUAUAUGAAGUAAAAACAAAGGCUUGGCAUACUUAGCAUAGCCUUAGUUGCCUAGACAAUGUGGGACCUCUAGCAAGGGAUCACCACAAUUUGCAGAAAAAUUAUUGUUUGGAAAAAAGUUAACCAUUUUUUUUUUUAAAUAUAUAUAUAGUUGCAAGCCACUGUAUGGUACUGAAGGCUGAGUUCAUGAAUUUCAUGCUACAGCUCUGUAGUAAUUUUAUUUGCACUCACAUUCUAUUUGACACCUUCAGUAUUGACUGUAUUGAUGCAAUAUUUGAUGGACUGUGGGGAGAGACGGGACAUUCUGACACACUGACAUAAAGCUCUUUGUUACAGUACAGCGUCUGCAAUGCGUUCACUCUUUCUUAAGGAGAAUCAGGAAUAACUACCCUUCCUACACCAGUGUACAAAGCCAAGGAAAUCACCUGAAGGGUGUUCACACUAUCAGAGCAACCUAUGAUCAUACAGAGUUCUGCAUGAACAAUCUCCAGCUAGCAGAUGCCAUUCUCGUUUAACAGCCAGCAAAGGGAGACAAAUCUGACCUUUGGACAAAGCCAUGUAUGUUAUGGAGGCCAGGCUGUGACACUGCCUGCAACAGCUGCUUUGCCUCAACUUACCUAUCAUUUCUAUUUCUGCAAUAAAAUGUAAUCCAAACUUUUAAACAGUA